AUUACCACUUCUAAUGUCAAAAAUCCUAAAUAACAAACAAAAUUAUCGAGUUCUUGAUAAUUCAGUCUUUCAUGUCCUCUGGGAUACACAUCACUUUCUCUCUCCUCUGGUCUUGAUUCACUUUUUCUUCCUAACAAGGUAUUGUAAUUUGUAAGUGGAGAAGCUGAAUUUUUUGGUUGAGUAGUAAGGGUUGUAUAAUUUCGAUUUACAGAUUAUGGCUGGUCAGAGGAAUAAGUAUGGUAAGAGAGAUCACUCUCAGGAAUAUCCAGAUAAUGGAGGAGGAGGUAAGAGGAGAAACUCUGGAGGUGAUGAUAGACAUAACUAUGCACCUGGACCAGAGGAUACUGUAUACCGUUACUUAUGCGCAGGAAGAAAGAUUGGUAGUAUAAUAGGUAGAGGUGGUGAGAUUAUUAAACAAUUGAGAGCAGAUAGUCAAUCUAAGAUAAGAAUUGGGGAGGAGAUGCCAGGUUGUGAAGAGAGGGUUGUUACAAUUUUUAGUACGAAUAGGGAAACCAAUACGUUUGAGGAUAAUGGUGAUUUGAUCUGUCCGGCACAAGAUGCGUUGUUUAGGGUACAUGAUCGGCUUAUAGCUGACGAGGCAGCUGCAGCAGAUAAAGAUAUUGAAGGGGGUCAGCAAUCUACGAUACGUUUACUUGUGCCGUCAGAUCAGAUUGGUUGUAUUAUUGGGAAAGGUGGGCAGAUAGUUCAAGGGAUAAGAAGUGAUACUGGUGCACAGAUUAGGAUUCUGAAGAACGAACAUCUCCCUCCUUGUGCUAUGGGUUCUGACGAGCUUCUUCAGAUAAGUGGGGAAGUCCCGGUCGUAAAGAAGGCUCUUCUCCAAGUAUCUUCCCGACUUCACGAUAAUCCUUCUCGCUCCCAACAUUUACUCGCUCCAUCCGUUCCAAACAUAUAUCAGCCAGCUGGAGGUUACAUGGGGCCAGGUGGAGGUGCUCCUAUCGUGGGUUUAACUCCGCUUAUGGGACCAUAUGGUGGAUACAAAGGUGAUGCAGGAGGUGAUUGGGCUUCGAACCCUUUUUACCCUGUUCCAAGGGAUGAGGGCUCGGCGAAGGACUUUGCUCUGCGUAUGGUUUGUCCAACUGGAAAUAUUGGUAGUGUGAUUGGUAGGGGUGGUUCAAUAAUCAAGCAAAUCAGACAGGAAUCUGGGGCCUAUAUCAAGGUUGAUAGUUCAGCUACUGAAGGUGAUGAUUGCAUAAUAUCUAUCUCGUCAAAAGAGUUUUUUGAAGACCCCAUCUCUCCAGCUAUCGGUGCUGCAGUGAGAUUGCAGCCAAGAUGUAGCGAAAAAAGUGAGAAAGAGGCUGGUGAAUCUUAUACAACACGUUUACUUGUGCCGUCCUCCCGCAUUGGAUGUCUCAUUGGGAAAGGUGGGGCUAUCAUCUCCGAGAUGAGGAGAAUUACAAGAGCAAAUAUUCGCAUUCUGUCGAAGGAAAACCUUCCAAAAGUUGCAUCAGCAGAUGAUGAGAUGGUUCAGAUCAGUGGAGACCUUGAAGUUAUUCGGGAUGCUCUGAUACAAGUAGGAACACGGUUGAAAGCCAAUUUUUUUGACAGAGAGGGUGGAGUGUCUGCAUUUCCACCUGCUGUUCCAUACUUUCCCAUGCCAGCAGAGGUCCCAGAAGAUUCCAGGUAUGGAAGCAGAGAUAGUAGAGACAUGAGAGAUAGCAGAGACAUGAGAGACAGUAAAUCGCAUGGACGUGGAUAUUCUUCCUACUCCGGUAGUGGAUAUGGUGGUUCAAGUGAUUUACCUCCCAUAGACAGCUAUGGAAGUUACGGUGGUUCACAGAGUGGUAGUGGUGGGUAUGGCGCCUAUGGGAGCUACUCUUCUGGUCGUUCUGGCAGUGCAGGAAAACUGUUAGAAGCUGGUUAGAAGAAGCUCUCUCUUGAGGUAAGAUGAAAUCGGUCAACUUUUGGUAUGUUAAACAGGUGAGUGUGUCGGCUAGAAGCAGCAGGUGACUUUUCUUAUCUUGGGUGUGUAUGGUUUGUGAUGCCCCGUGAGGCUGCGACUUCUGUAUUUCGGGUUGCCAGGUCUACACGCUUAUGGCUUGUGGUCCAUUUUUUACUUCUCAGUUGUUCGACUCUAUUUCUACGGUCUUGUUUUCAUCUGAAACCUAUUUCAUUGAAGUUUUUUGGAAUUUUUGACAAGGAAGCGUCACUUCUAUGUGUUUCAGCUAUUCAGUUUUUUUUCUUCUUUUGGUGACAUUUUUUAAUUUUUAUUUUCAGCUAUUCACUUCUAUUAUAUAUCUUUGUUCGCAUAUUGGACUCUUCUUGCCUUGGUUUAAAUUUUGGUUUAAAUAAUAUGUUUUGUUUGUUUUCAUUUAGUCAUGUCCCUUUCUAGUACCCAAGUGUUUUUUUCCGGGGUUUAAUUCUUCUAAUUUGCAUGUGAUUUGGGUUGCUUUUCAAAAGUAGUCUGUAAGCAGAAGUUCAGAAGAUCCCGUCACUGUUGGUGGCGACUUACUUUGAGUGAUUACAUGUAGCUCCAGUACUAAACAUGAUCUGGAAACGUUGUUUGUAUUAUUCAUUGACUCAAUUAAUAAAAUUAAGUUUGUCUCAA